AUGUCGACGUCAAAUAAGGAUUCAGAACCCAUUAGAGCGAAUGACGUUUUGGCUCAACUCAACAUGACUCAAGCGAGCCUUGAGUCAAAUUUAGAAUGUUUAUUGCUGGAGAAGUUGAGAGUUGUCUGUAAAGGAAUAGACGUAUCAGAUUUGGGACUGAAAAAGGAAGUUGUGGCUAAGUUAGCAAGGGAAAGUAGGGCUGGGUUGUGUUCGGAAGUAUCUGUUGAUGAUUUUGAGCCAUCCAAAAAGAAGAAAAGUGUUCAGCCGCAGCCUUUUCCAAAUCAGGUUAAAAGUUUUCUAAAGGAACUAGAUGUUUUCUAA